AUGCACGAGGAAGAAAUAUACACCUCUCUUCAGUGGGAUAACCCACCAGCAAACUCUUCCCAGAAAUGUGUGUGUUCCCACACCUGUUCAGGAGCAUGGCGUGUCGUGAUGGUGAUUUUGUGUAUUUCCUGCAUGGGAUUAUUGGCAACAUCCAUUUUUUUUGGCAUUAAAUGGUUCCAGGUGUCCAUCAUGGCAAUGGAGCAGCAAGAGAAACUGAGCCACCAGGACAGAGCACUGUUAAACCUCACCCGGUGGAAGAGUAACCCUGUGCUUCAGAGGCAGCACUGCCAGACUUUCAUGCAAAACUAUCUCAAGUCAGUCCAGAAAUGCAGAGCUUGUCCAGAAAAUUGGAUUAAGAAUGGAGAAAGUUGCUACUAUGUCUUUGCAACUUGGAAAACUUGGCUUGCCAGUCAAGAAUAUUGUUGGAAGACAGGUUCCAGUCUUCUACAUAUAGACAACAAAGUAGAAAUGGAUUUUAUCACCAGCAAGACUGAAAGGAGCACGGGUUAUUGGGUAGGGCUCUCCCAGGACGAAGUCCGCAGAACCUGGCUUUGGCAAGAUGGCUCCCCUCCUUCCUCUGAUCUGUUGCCAAGAGACCAGCCCCAGUCAACUAGCCAGGUUUGUGGAUACCUCAAAAGCAAUUCCCUGUUUUCAAGCAACUGCAGCAGUUGGAAAUAUCUUAUCUGUGAGAGACAAGCAUUAGGAUCCUCCAUCUGA